GAGGUGGACUCCGGGAGAACAUAAUGUGACAGUAAAUUCAGAUAGUUCUUUGGUUUACAAGCUUCAGCCUGAGAAAAGAAUCUGAAAAGCCUCUUGGCCUCCAGUAAGUCUGUCAUCAUGACUUCUUGACAUCACUCCUCACCAUGAGUGGAGCUGCGCUGGCCGUCGUGGUCGUGGUUGUUUUCUUCUUGGCCCUCUGCCUCCUCCAGCGUUAUGGAGACUUGCGGAAGCAGCAGCGGUUGGUGCUGUUGGGGACGCUGCUGUCCUGGUACCUCUGCUUCCUCAUCGUCUUCAUCCUGCCACUUGAUGUCAGCACGACCAUCUACAAGCAGUGUGUUCUUGACAAGGCCAACCACACUGGUACUGUAACCGGAAUAAGACGCUUAGCUCACACUGGGGCUGACUCAUCUCUUCAUUCCUCUGACAGUGGCACAAAGGGGUGUGUGAAGCCCUGGAGUUACAUUCCGGAUGGUGUCCUACCCGUGUUUUGGAGAGUUGUAUACUGGACGUCCCAGUUUUUAACAUGGCUACUGCUGCCCUUCAUGCAGUCCUAUGCACGGUCGGGAGCUUUCUCUGUGGUUGGAAAGAUCAAAACAGCUCUAAUUGAAAAUGCAAUUUAUUACGGCACGUACCUCCUCAUCUUCAUCUCUCUGCUCAUCUAUGUGACGGCUCACUCACGCUGGAAUCACACAUGGGCAGAGCUCCUGACCAUCGGUAUCACAGCUGCCAAUACCUGGGGCCUCUUCCUUCUGGUGUUGUUGCUGGGCUACGGUCUGGUGGAGAUCCCACGCUCUUACUGGCUCUCAUCUUCCCAUGUUUACUUGCUCUCCAAGACCUACUUCAAAGCAGCAAAAAUGGCUACAGAGAAGGUAGCAGCGGAGGAGAACUUAGCAGAUGUCAUGGAGGAGGUGGCAGGAGUCCAUGAAUCUGUCAGGUACAACCACAUCCUCAGGAAGUGUGUCGACACCAUUCUGACAAAGUGUCCAACUGAGUACCAAGAUGAGAUGGGGAGAAAUGUGGAAAGCUCUCGUGGGGAAGAGAAUGCGCUUCCCACCAAAAGAACCUUAUUUAACCUGCAUAAAAAAGUCAUUUCUGCGGUGCAGAGACACAGACAGACUCAGGUUCAAUGGUCCAUCUUGUUAGAUGAGGCCUUUCAUCUGGAGGAUGUUGCUAAAAGUAAGAGCAGCCCGCUCCGACACUUCACCCACAGCUUCCCUUUGGCACAUCCAAACUGGAUCCGCAGGUUCAUCUACACGCCCACUGUGGAGUGGUACUGGGAGUGUGUGUUCCGACAGGGUUUCUGCAGGCUGCUGGCGGUGCUCCUGUGUCUCCUGUCGGCAGCAGUGGUCUGGUCCGAGUGCACCUUCUUCAGCACACACCCUGUCCUCUCUCUGUUUGCCGUCCUUAUUCAGAUGGCUGAAAAACACUACAACUACAUCUGCAUUGAGGUGGCUUGCUUUGUCAUUAUCCUCUUCAUGUGCGUGUGCGUCUACUCCACAGUUUUCAGGAUACGAGUUUUCAACUAUUAUAAUCUGGUGCCACAUCACCAGACUGAUGCUUACAGCCUGCAGUUCAGUGGCAUGUUGUUUUGUCGUCUGACUCCUCCGCUGUGCCUUAACUUCCUGGGCCUGAUUCACAUGGACUCUGCCGUCUCGCACCAGGACAGAAUACCGACGUCCUACACUUAUAUUAUGGGCUCCAUGCGCCUGCUGUCUGUCAUAUCGGAUGGCUUCUACAUUUAUUACCCCAUGCUGGUGUUGCUGCUCUGUUUUGCCACUUUUUACAAUCUGGGCUCUCGCUGUUUGAACCUCCUGGGCUUGUAUCAGUACAUUGCUAACGAUGAAUUGGCCUCUGACCUGGUGGAUGAAGGCAAGGAGCUCAUCAGAAGAGAAAGGAGGAGAAGACAGAAAGCUGAGGAUGGACAAAAUCGAAGAUUGGCCUGGAGGGAGCAGUAUGGAGUCCAGGGGGCCGCUGGGAGGACUAGAGCCGGUUACACCGAGUUAAAGGAUGAACAGGCCAGUCCUGCAUUAGAGAACAAGAAAAAUGGUAAUAAGUACACUAGAAGAGAUGGAAAGACGGAGGAGGAGCAGCAGGCCAGCUUACUGCAGGACUACUCCAGUGACGAGGGAUCGCCAAACAGAAGAUCCCCAGGAGGACGUUACCUGUCUCUGUCACCUCCACUGAAGGGCAUCUUUGACGAUGUUUGAUAGACUGAGGAUGCAGGGAAUGCAAAAAGCUUGAACACGAAUGAAUAAUUUAAGCGUAAAUUAUUUCCAAGAAAGUCUGAAUCCAAAGGAUUAUAUCUCAGGAAAUAAAGAGACUGUAUCUGAGAUGUGCACAUGUUAUCAGGUAAUGGAUGAAAGUGAAAACCACAGCAUUAAUAAAACGUUUUAUAAGCUAGCUGGCUUCUUUUACUGGUUCAUACAAGGAGAUUGACAACUGUUAAGGGAUGUUUCUCAUCCAGAGCCUUAACCUGUUUGUGUACAGCCAAUCCUUUUUGUAUUCUUGAAGUAAUGUUUUGAAUAGUUGCGUACCAGAUUGGAGGAUGAAAGAGAAUACAGUACACUAUCUAAAUGUAUGCCAUGGAUACCUUCUUUUUUCUUAAAAAUGAAAUUGACUACUGUACCCGAGAUGAAAUGAAACAUGCACACAAGGGAAAUAUAUUUGCAUCUUCCAUCUUUUAUGUUGAACACAUUGUGUAAAUAGACUGUAUGUGGACUAUAUUUUCCAAAAGACAUGACUUGUAUGUAAUGCAGUGUCCAGUUAUUUUCUGUGAGGGUGUGAUUGUACGGUAAACAUAAUCCUCCUACAUAUUUAUUUUAUCUUCACUUGGAUUGUGAAUGACCUCAAAUGUGAUGCACCAGUAAACAUCCCUCACAUCAAUAAUAUCCUCACUGUAAUAUAUAAAGUAUUCUGAGUGACUGUGAAAUAAUAUGGCCAUAUUUAAGACAGUGUUCAUGUUUGAUAUUUUUGGGGGGGAUUUUUUAAAAUUAUUUUUUUCUAUUAUUUUUAAAUUCUCUAUCUAGAAAAAAUAAUGUUUUGUAAAUUGCAGUGGAACAUACAUUCAUGUAUUCUAAUUAUUCGGGGCACAGUGAAUCUACAUUAAGGCAAAAAAUGUAUAUAUUUUAUGACUUUGUGAAUUAAAUAAUAUUGGUUUA